UAUUUGGCAUGCAAUUGAGUAGAAUUCAUUAAUUUUUGAACUUUUCGUUACAUUAGGCAACUUACACACAAAGAUUUUGUACAUAUUUUAGAAGCUCGAAAUCACAGAAAGUUGGCAAAUGAAUAAGUAGACUGGAAUUCAUUAUUGGUGGAAAGCAAUUAUCUGCCAAAUCUCCCGACAAAAAUUAAGGGAAAAGGCGGAUGUAAGGAUGGGUAAAUCCGUUGUAAAGUUGGCAUUGUGCUUUUACAAGAAAGGUUGUGAAGUUGAGACGGCGACUCAUCUUAUCCAGCUCAAGACUUGAACAGACUCCUCAUUUUCGUCUGCACUACUCGUUCAUUUUUGGGUGAUGCAUGACUGACUAGAACUAUGUAACUCCCCACAAUAGCCAUAAUAAUGCAGCACUUUUCUUUCUUAAUAAUGCAAGUUAUUGAAGAAUACCGAAGAAGACUUUGUCAGUUCGGAUGGUUUGGUUAUUCAAAGCCCAUCGAAUGUUGCUGUUUGUGAAUGUAACUCUGCUAAAUGUGAGGUUUUAGCUUGUUCUCACUGCACUGUACAUACGAAUGUAAGCAAGUAAGUACCUAUAACUGAGGUGAGGGUGAAGUUCACUCGAGUUUCAGUCCAGUCCACAUCAACUCUCGACAGAAGAGAGAAGAAACCAUUCAAGAAGACACAAGUCGUUUAAGAGUUGAAUGAGAAACAGACUGGAUUUAUUACCAAGUGAGAUUGAAUCGUGUAUUUGCAUUUAAGACCUCCUUAAAACGAAGGAUAUGCAAACGAGUUAGAAAAAAACAAGAAACUCUUCCGGGUGAAUGUGAGUUAGUUUUUAAUACGACAACGCAAACAACAAUCAGGACAUGAGACUAUCCGACUAAACAUUUAGUGACAAGUUUGACGAGUUGCGUUGGGAGAAAAAAUGUGAGAUUUUGUAAGAUACAAAACAAAAACUCCGAACAACGGUGUGCGUACGGAUGUGAAAUAUUUAAAGUAAUUAAUAUUCUUGUUUCGUGGGGACGAUGCAUUGGGACAAGUGCUGGACAAGUUGGACUUGUCAUUAGAUUUUAAAUCGAAAAAGUGGGGUCGAUGAUGACCGUUGUUGCUUCCCCGUCCUCCUCCUCCAUCCACGUGCUAGUCAUUUUCUGCUAUUCUUUCCUUCUUGUCACUGGUCUGCUUCAUCCGGUCGGUUGUUCUAACCCGGUGAGACAUCAGCGGCAUCGGAAUAACCACACCCAUCAAUCCGAGGAAAUGCAGCAACAACAUGAACCAAUGUCAAUGUCAACGAGUGGGUGUAGCCAUAAUACCAGUGGUGAAGUAGACUGCGCGUCGCCAUCAAAACCGAACCCAUCACCGUCUGCUGGUGGCAGAACCAGCCGACAAGUUGGAGACCAAAUUGGGACAGGAGGUAAAGUUCGCAACAAUUCGCGCGGAAAAUGUUUCGAAGAACGCGACGAACGCCAACGUUUGGCAAUUGCAGCGAAACGGGGAUCCUCCGAGUACAUCCCGACGUGUCGCGGGGACGGAUCUUAUGCAACCGUCCAGUGUCACCUUCACACCAAGUCGUGCUGGUGUGUAAGUCGAGGUGGGAGGCCUGUUCCUGGGUCAUCCGUCCUCCUGUCAAACCCCCACGAUAACAAGAGACCCAACUGUGCCAAGUAUUUAAGACAAGGAAAAUCCACUACAAAAAGGAGAUCGUCACACGGAAAGAAAAAUCCAAAAUCCUGCAAUUAUGCCGACCGGUCCCGUUUUAAUGCAGCUUUAACCAGAACAUUUAAAUCAGAGUAUAAUAGAUACAAAUCGGCAACAUUGUCAUAUUUUGAAUCGGAUGGAGCCAGCGAUGAAAUCGUUCUGGCUUGGAAAUUUGACACCCUUGAUCGAAACAGGGACGGAAUUCUUCAUAAAAAUGAAACACUCAUUUUAAAACAUUUGGUUAAACAGCAAAUUCAGCCGAGAUCUUGCUCCAAAAACUUUAUUUCGUUUUGUGCCAAAGGGGAUCAGAAAAUUGUUAAGCGAGAGUGGCUCGAGUGCUUACGACUUCCCUCCGUAGACAACAGAUCCUCCCCUGGAGGAGGUACCAACCCUUUGGAAAUUUUGAGACCUGGUGGUAACAGAAGUGGUGGGGACUAUCCUUUCAACCCAUUGCGACCUGGUGGUGGUAUUAUCGAAACACACGAAACCUCUAAUUGUUGGACGGACAGACAGUCAGCUCUAGCAAGCCAGAUUCGAAAUGAAUCCGUCAUCAUUCCAGAAUGUACUGUGGGUGGGCUUUACCAUAAAGUGCAAUGUGCGCAAGGUAAAACAUACUGCUGGUGUGUAGAAGAGGAAGGAGGUAUCCAAAUUCCAAAUACGUUGGUCGUAAACUCUGUACCCGACUGUAGUAAAAGAUAUUCUAAACCAAUGACAGGUUGCUCCGGCCAAAAGAAACAAAAGUUUUUAUCCGAUCUCUUAGACUCGUUAAUGAAAAGAAUGACCUCUGCAAUUAAUGAAGGGCGCUUCAGAAUCCCUGGAACAAAUCGCCACAUGUCGAUACAGGAACAAUCAGUACGCUGGUACUUUUCGCAGUUGGAUGACAAUUCGGAUGGGAUUUUAGAUCGUUCUGAAUGGAAAUUCUUCCGAACGGAAGUGUCCAAAGACAAACGCCUCAAAAGAUGUGGUAAGAAACUUCCACGCCAUUGUGAUGCUAAUGGUGAUCGACGGUUGAGUGAGUCCGAGUGGGUGGACUGCUUGGGAGUUGAGCUCUUUACGACGAGAACGCCCAAUUCGCCAGACACACACACCCGUCGACCAGUUCACCGUUCGAAUGGAAGGCGCAAUGGGAAGAACCCUUUCACAAAUAUUUUAAAACAAAGAUGAGAGCAAUUAUUCUUCAUCAACAAGUAUUGCAUAAACUGGUUUAGUUUUAAUGUGCAGAUUUUAAUAGUUUUAUGCAGUUAAUAAAUGUAUAUGUAUGUAUAGUUUGUAUAAUUUAAUCCUAUAUUAUAUUUAAAAGAACCUUAACUAAAUAUAUUUUAUUUUUAACUUUUUAAUUUUGUAACGAUUUAAUGUAACCGAUGGAACUGAAACUAUUUAACAAGUAAUACAUAUUAAUACAUAUUCAACUACAGAAUAAACUCUAAAUGAAACUUCA